GUUGGGGGGCCCCGGAUGACCCAGCGCGCAGGCGCGGUCACUCCGAGCAUGCUCAGUAGCGCCCGUCGGCCCCGCGGCGCCCCGGAGCUUCUCCACCGAUCCUCCGCCGACGCGGAGCUUUCGGCGGCGGCUCCGGGAGCGACAGGCGGUGAAGCGGCCUCGCCGGACGACAGCGGCGGCAGAAACAGAGGCAGAAGGGGCGCUGCGGCGGCGGCGACGACGUCGAUAGAGGUGGCCGAGGGGGCUGAGCGCCUAGGGGACUCGCGCUCUCGGAAGCCAGAUUCCGAGCCGGGCAGGAUGGAUCUCCACCAGCCGGGCACUGGCCGCUACCAGGUGCUUCACAAUGAAGAGGAUAAUUCAGAAUCAUCUGCUAUAGAGCAGCCGUCAACUUCAAACCCAACACCGCAGAUUGUACAGACUGCUCCUUCAACACCAGUACUUGAAAAUGACUCUUCUCCUCCACCUUACAGUAGUAUUACCGUGGAAGUACCUACAACUUCAGAUACAGAAGCUUACAGUGAGUUUUAUCCUGUGCCACCUCCCUACAGUGUUGCUACCUCUCUUCCCACAUAUGAUGAGGCUGAGAAGGCUAAAGCUGCUGCAAUGGCAGCUGCAGCAGCAGAAACAUCUCAAAGAAUUCAGGAGGAAGAGUGUCCACCAAGAGAUGACUUCAGCGAUGCAGACCAGCUUAGAGUGGGUAAUGAUGGCAUCUUCAUGCUGGCGUUUUUCAUGGCAUUUAUUUUCAACUGGCUUGGAUUUUGUUUAUCCUUCUGUAUAACCAAUACCAUAGCUGGAAGGUAUGGUGCUAUCUGUGGAUUUGGUCUUUCAUUGAUCAAAUGGAUCCUUAUUGUCAGGUUUUCUGAUUAUUUUACUGGAUAUUUCAAUGGGCAGUAUUGGCUUUGGUGGAUAUUUCUUGUACUUGGCUUACUCCUUUUCUUCAGAGGAUUUGUUAAUUAUCUAAAAGUGAGAAACAUGUCUGAAAGUAUGGCAGCUGCUCACAGAACAAGGUAUUUCUUCUUAUUAUAAAGACUGCAGCGACCAGACAUUCCUUCCUAUACCAAUGUGAAAUUUCCAGAUGAUGUGUCAGCCUACAACUUUAAUAGGAUAGAAGACUACUAAUAACAGAAGAAAAGACACAGCUUCAGAAUUGAAUGGCAGGGUGGCUUAUCCUGAAAAGCCACUUCUGUUCAUUCUCUUAAAUAUUUGUAUUUCAUUUGUUUUGCACAUUGGCCUAUGUGCUCAUUUAAAAGAUUUGCAUAUACUUGAAGUAACCAUGAAGUUGGUAGCAGUAAAAUCCAGUCACAUUUGGUUAAUCAGUGUUUGAUAGAAUUGAAAGAGUUGAGUGGUGAACAGUCUUCCAGCAUGUAAGCGCCACUGACUUCUGACCUGACAUUUAGCAUAAUAAAUAUGAAAUUAUUAACCUUGUCAAAUGCUUUAGUUUCUGGCUCUUAGAUUUAUCUAGUAACUCUGCGUAUAAAACGUCCUUUGUUAUAUAUAAAGUUUAUUGAAAUCUUCAGUGCUGAUUAUUUGAGAGGUUUUGUCAGAUUUUGACCAUGAUAUUUACAUUAUUCAGCAAAAUUCAUUCUGUAAAUAACCAUGAGUUAAAUUACUGCCUCUCUUGUUUUAGGAAUUGUGUCUAGAUAUCUUUUCAUUAAUUUUAAAUUAAGUGAACUUAAUAUAUAUAGAAAAUUUGGGUAUUAAAAAAUAUAGAUUGUUUUAGGACAGAUUUUGAGAAGAUGUGAGUGUACCAAAUGUCCUUUAUAAGAAAACUUUUUUUUUUUUUAAAGGGUAUACCAGUGGGGAUUCUCAAGUGAGGAGCUUAGUUUUUUGCAUUGCCCGUCUUAGAGAUUCUUGCAGGAAGAGAUUGUAUUAGAUAUUAUAUUUAUUUCAUUUAAGAUAUUUUUGAAAAUUCUCUGAACAAGUUAUUCUCAUUUGCAAUUAUCUUUUAAAAAGCCAAUAAAAGUAUCUUUCAAUGUCAUUGUAAUAAUUUUUCUUUAGAUGUUUAAGUUUAGCAAAUAGAAACUUGUACUAUUAACAGCUUCUUGCUUUAUGAUAGUAGGGUUAACUUGUAAAAAUCAUAUCCUGAAUUGAGAUAUGCAAAAUUUCUGUUUUCCAGUUAUGGAAAUAUGUGCAUUUGUGGAGUAUAGGGGUACAGUGUGUAUGGAGUGUGUAUGUUUAUUGAGAGAGAGUGUGCAUGUGGGGAGGGAGAUUAAAAAUAGACUACAGUAACCAUUAUUACAACUGGAAUCUACAUUACAUUCAUAAGCUACUGUGUUUUGCAUCUUGCAGAUCAUUUUAUAUCUCAUUUGUUUUUCUGUUCGCAGUUAUAUCUUUGCUUUUGAAUGCCAGCAUUAAAAAUGAUGGAAAUUAUAUCGUCUUUUAAACUUAAAAAUCAUUUAAUACAGCCGUAUAAAACAUAAAAUUGCUUGUUUAUUAUUAGAUAGUGACUACCACUAAAAGGUUCAUCUAACUGUUCAGGGACAUUUUUCCAUUUCUUAAAAAUAAAAUUUAUUAUGCUUUAUAAGCUCUUUUGUAUUUUGAUUUUUUUCAUUGUCUUUGGUAAAUAAAAUGUGCAUGUUUGUUUUGCUAACGGAGC